AUGGCUGAAUGGUUCAAUGAUAUUUCGUCGUCUUCAUCCGACGGGAUUACCCAAGAAAUCAUGGAUGUCAUCGUGGAGUCAAAAGAAGCGGUUGCUCAAUUUUUCACCCAACUGGAGCCGGAACGUGUUAUUCACAACCGAACUUACGUUUAUUGUGAUCAUGAGGCUGUUCAUCUACGUCUUAUGCAAGACUACUUCAACAACAAUCCGAUGUACAGGCCAACAUUUUUUCAACUGCGUUUUCGAAUGCAGAAGGAGCUAUCCUUGCACAUCGUCGAUGCUGUGCAAGGUGAAGAUGGUUACUUUCGAAUGAGCCAUGAUGCUGCGGGCCGAGACUCUCUCACGCCUUUGCAGAAAUGCAUGGUGGCUAUCUGCCAAUUAGCCAUCGUCGUUAGUGCGGAUACUUUCGAUGAGUAUCUCAAGGUCGCUGACACAACGGGACAUCUAUGCCUAAAGAAAUUCUGCAAAGCUGUCAUCCGGGCAUACGAAGCCGAGUAUCUUCGAUGUCCUACGGCGGCGGAUGUCCAACGGCUUCAUUAG